UUUGCCCCGACGACGGGAGACUAUAACCUGGCGUCCAAGCUGUCCUUUGCCCACGACUACGUGGCUGCGACGCUGGAGACGGACGUGUUCCGCGCCAAGACGCUGUCGGGCGGCGUGGUGGUGGGCAGCCAGGCGAGCGGCGUGAGUGCAGGUGUCGCUGCUGUCUACGGCAUGGAGAAGCGACGCACGGAGCGCUUGCAGUACGGACUGGCCUACGAUACCCCUACCCUGAGUGGAUUCGCCACUCUGCUGAAUGGUCGCGAGGCCAUUGCGGGACUCCACUUGCGGGUGUCUGAUUGCCUGGAGGCGGGGGUGGCGCUCAAGCACGAGUUUCAGGACGACCAGCAACAGCAGCAGGACUCUGGCGGCGGCGGGGCGUCCACUGUCGGCGUCGGCAUGCGCAUCGCUGUCGACGCCAACACCAUGGUCGGCGCCAAGCUGGACACCAACGGCACACUGGGCACGUGCUACGAGCAGAAGAUCGGGCCCAGUGUGACACUCACCUUCAGCUCCGCCGUGGACCUGGGCAAGCUGGACUCGGGUGCGCACAAGCUGGGGCUGGGCAUUGCUCUCGAGACGUGAUACGUGAUGAUGAUAUUCCAGAUCGAUAAUUAUCUAUCGUAGAAUCCCUUUUCCUCAUUUUCUAUACAUUUUCGAAACUGGCUGAUGGAAGACGCAUUUUCCUUUUUCUUUCCCCUUCCCUCCCCCCCUUUUUUUUUUGCUUUGGUUUGUUGGUGCGAUAUAUUAUUCCGCAUUUCAACUCGCGUCUCUCCAUCGUCGCUCAUCGGCGUUGAAAAUUCUUCGUCAUCAAAGACCAACAAUUUCAUUGAAAUA